AUGUCUCUCAGUCAGGUCGGAAAGACCUUCAACCUCGACACCCAAAAAGGAGAUUUCCCGGUCCUUUUCAUCGACCCAAGAAACUACGACUAUGAAGGCCCGCUUCCUGAAGACAAGUACUAUGCCCUUGAGUACAAACCAUCGGCAGCCAAAGAAAAACUCGUCGAGUUCCUUAAUACUGAAAGAGCCGCUGGAAAAGUGUUUAACUUUCAAAACGAGCUGUUCAACUAUUGCUACAACGAUGUUUUCAUCUUGGCAAAAGCCAUGACCGUCUUCGAGCAAGAGUUUGAAAAUAUGACAAACGUCUGUCUUCUAGAGGUAUGUUUUUAUUAUUUGAAAAAACAGCAACAACAAAACAACGUACGAACAUGAUCCUAGAUUGUCGGGUGGUGGAAGGAGAACCUGUAA